ACUAUUUUGUGGACCGUUAAUGACACAAGCACCUAAGCCUACACAAAUCUAAUCAAGUGCAAUCUCUCCCUGGCGACCGACAUCUGUGACUUGUCCCGCCAUCCUCUCCGUUGACCUCCUUUGAUCUCAUUGUAAUCUCAUCUCCCGACCCCACUCGGGAUUUCAUGGAGAUGAGUCUGUUUUUACAAAGGAGGUGAAGGCGAGGGGGGAUCUCAAGGGGGAGGAGAUUGCUGGCAUCUGAAAACACACAAGAUAAAUAGGGACAUGAAGUCUUAUCUCUUGCUGCUUUUCCUCGCACCUGCCAGCAAGUAACAGCAUGAUUUCCAUCUCGAACGCUCUGAUUCUCCUUCUCGGCUCGUUCGCCACAGUCGCUUUGGCACAUGAGAAUUGUACGCUAGCAGUAGGGAACAUGGUCUCCGAGGAGAAUUAUGGAGGUAUCCUUGUCAACGGCGUGAAUUACAUCUAUGUUGUUAAGCCUGAUUGUGUUUACGAUGGAACCGAAUUCGACCUGUACAUCGAAGCGAUCGAUGCGAAGCCUCAUUGCUCUAUUGCCGGAACUCUGACUGGCGGACUCCAUCACGCAAUCUAUAUUUUCAAUAGGGCCGAUUACCUUGGGGGGCAAACGGGCGAGCAUUACGGCCUCACAGUGACUUGUGGUGCGCCUGAUUACGCAGGUCCACCCUCCGUGGGUUCAGGACGGAAUGACACUGUCUGAGCGCUUGUGUACGCUACAUAUUUGCCUCGCUUCCUGCAUAGCCACAAUACAUAUGCAUUCUCAAUUUGCCAC